UCUGGAAGUAAGGUAUUCUGUGGUAUUGUUUAUUGUGGUAUUGUCAUAAAAAGGUUAAUUGUUGGAUAUUGUUUACUUCUUGACUUUGAUAAUACUUAAAUCAAGAAAAUAUAAUAAUGGUGUACAUUCAUUUUCCUGCAAAUUAUACUGAAGAGGAACUCAUGCUGCAGGCUAAAUACCAGAAACUAAAAAAGAAGAAAAAAGCUCUACAAGCUCUAAAGGCUCCAAAACCUGAACCAGAAAAGCCCAUUAUACCUAAAAGACCUGCAGAAGCCAGAGAUGCCAGAGAAGUUGCUAAAAAACUGAUAAAAUCUGGAGUAAUAUCUGCCAUAUCCAAGCAACAGAAGCAACCUGAACAAGGAUUCAAGCGACCAAGAGGCUUAGAGCGAAAGCUUAUUUCCGACAAAAUCGUUAGCGGAUACCAACCUUUCUCAGCCGUUCAAAGCGAUGAUGGCCCUGACAACCCGGAAAACAAACCACCGAGAUUAAAAAAUCUCUAUGACUCUUUCGCAAACGCUCGCGAUAGGGAAGAAAGAGGUCUCACAGAAAAACAGCAGCAGCAGCAACAGAAGACAGACAAACCCAGACAAGGAAAUACCAUAUAUGUGUCUGGGUACAAAAUUACCGAAGAGUUCUUAAAGAAACAUUUUUCUACCAUGGGAACAAUUAUAAAUAUUUCGAUGGAAAUUGAGAAAAAUCGAGGAUUUAUAACUUUUGAUAAGGUGGAUGCGGCUGAGAGGUCAAUAUCAGAGAUGGAUGGCAGCAUGGUAUCAGGAAUUCCGUUGAAAGUUUCACUCGCCAGAAGACAACCUCAAAUUGAACCCAUCAAUGAUGCCACUUCAUCCGCUGCCUGGGCUACUUUAGCAUCCAGUCACUCUCAGAAAGGAAAUCACAGGGAUAAGAGGAACUUGGUUACAUAUGAUGACAUGUUUGAUUAGGAAGCAGAAAACAAUCUCUUGAAGACCCAUAGACCAAUCAUAUUUCUCAUACUUUUUGUUUGAGAAGAAUAUUAAAUAUUUUCAUGGAAUUGGUGAGAAAAUUCUGAUUGAUGAAAUUUUAUACAUAUUAAUUAUAGAAGUAAUUAAUUCUACUUAUUGAAUAUUUUUGUGAUCAUAGAAUUUAUGUUUUCGGAACUAUUUCUGAACAAUUGACUAAUCUGACACUAAGAUUUAUUAAAGGAAUCCAAAAUA